AUAAAUUAAGAAUGAUCAAUCCAUGAAUUUAUUCAUCAAGUGUUAUGUCAUGCGGAGUUGGUUAAACACAAAGAUAAUUAAAUGAAUUUUUUCAUUCUCAUUCUGGCAACUAUAACCUUGAUCAGCUCAUUUCUUAUUUUGAUUGAAGGUGUCCAAUCAUACUUUGGCCUCAGGGAUCCAUCCAAAACUGUUAGCUGUUCUUCUUUGUCUCCAUUCCCAUCAAAUGAUUUAUCACUAAACAGUUUUAAUCAUCACUUGGCCAUCAAUUGCGAUGCAAAUACCACUCUCCGUUAUGAUAAUUUUACCAAUUUUGGUGAUGAUGCAAUAUACAAUGGCUUUGAAAAUAGUAAUUUCGUUGAAAUAAGACUAAUUGAUUUAAACAUCUCUAAAGUAUCUGAAGAUUUUAUAAAUGCUCUACCAUCUUUAAAGAUCCUGAAUUUGUCGCGGAAUAAUAUACCCUACUUUUUUUCAACUCAAGUGAUUAAUAACCUUGGCAAUAAUGUUGAUUUGGUAACCCGAUAUGAUGAUAAUCGUAACGCUUCCAAUGAUGGUGUAAAAAGGGAACUCAAAAUAUUGGACUUGAGUUACAAUUAUUUAAAACAAAUAGAUGUGCAGAAAUUAAUUGGAAUUUUCCCAGAUUUGGAAGUCUUAGAUGUUAGUCACAAUUAUUUGGAAAGACUAAAUGGUGACUUACAACAAUACGUUAAUGAAAAUGAAUUUGACAUUAAUUUCGAUAAAGAUUUUGACGCAACGCGACUGGUCCCAAUAAAGGUAUUAGCUCAUCAUAACUCAUUCCAAUCAUUGAGUGGAAGUCUCUUCACAAACUAUACUUUGAGGCGCAUGAUAAUAAGUUUAAAUCUUUCAGCUAAUCAAAUCUCCUAUAUAGACAAUAAAUUCUGGCGACAAAUUUUAGUGAAGGAUUUGGACUUGAGCCAAAACAGGUUGACAAACCUGCAUAGCUUGCAAAAGUUGAUAGGAUUAGGCCGGCUCGUAUUAGAUCAUAAUACUAACUUGGAAUUAAGUGGGCUAUAUGAAGGAUCAAGCCUUAAUAUAAGUAACAAAACGUCACUAACUCCUAGCUUGGAAAUUUUAUCUCUUUCAAAUGUCACCAAUGAUAGAUCACAAUCAAGGAGAUCACCACCUGCCCUUUCAUUUCCUAAACCCUAUUUCAGUUAUCUGAAAUUUUUGGACCUUUCUUACAACUUUCUACGAGCAAGCGCUUUUAGCCCCCUCACGUUUUCCAACUUGACUCACCUAACCCAUUUAAGCUUGAAAGGACUCAAAUGGAUUGGGUGGAACACUUCGACCCUUGUUGGCAGUUAUAAAAAUAAUUAUGAAAGGCUAUUAGAAGCUUUGAGAGGAUUGCCUGAAGCAUAUGACUCCUCUGAACCUAGAUGGAUAGAUGUGUCCGAUAUUGGGUUCGUAAAAGAAGUCUGCGAUAAUUCCGAACAAACUGAUAAUGACGGAAAAGAUGAUAUUAGUGUUUUCCAUCGGUAUGUUUUCGGUAAUUGGCUUAGAGGACCUGCUCGAAAUGGAACCCUUCUAGUUUUACCAUUAACACCAUCGAAUCCGAUAAAUCUGGAAGCAAAGAAAACGAGCUCCGAUGUUCCAAUUAUUCCGGUGAAUAGUAAUACUACAUCCUCGCUUCUCAUCUUUUACAACAAAUUUCGACAACAGUUCCGCACCCUAGGAACCAAGAUGCGCCAUCUACUGAACGUCGAACCCGGAAACACCGUAGCUGGCCAGUCAAUAUUCAGUGAUUGUCCAACCUCUAAUUCCAGGCUUAAAAAAAAAUUAUAUCCAGAUGACGAAAUUAUCGCGCGUCUGUUAUUAGACGAUUACUUUGAAAAUAAUCAAUUGUAUAACUAUUCCAAAAGAAGGGUUAAUGCCCGAGAAAUGUUCAAAAAAGCUAAUAUAGAAGAGGCCCAACCUAACCAACCCAGGGUGUUAAUUAAAAUCACCGUGGGCCAAGAAGUUCAAAUAGAAUGCCCCGUUCACCAAAACUCGAUCGAAGCAUAUUGGCGAGAAAUAAAAUACGUAGACAGCCCACUAAUUAAGUGGUCUGGCCCAAUUCAGGUAAAACCGCCUGUAUCCUCACCAUCAUUUUUCGAUCUAAAGCCACCACGCCACAAUUGGAAUGAUGUCUUAAUGAGAACUCAAAAUGGCGAUAAAAAGAACCAUGAAGAGCCUGACAUUUCCGAAAUAUUUUUAAACGUAUUUUGGUUUAAAGAUGGAACCUUUUUGACCAAAGGACGCGUUAGGAUGCGAAGAAUAAUAGACAUUUUCGAUUUAGGCGUCAGAGGUAACGAAAAUCAGAUAGAUGGAUCUAAUUUUAGAAUCAAUCAUCUCAGAAGGGCUGAUAUUGGAUUGUACAGUUGUUACUUGGCGGGAAUAAAAAACUCGCGCACUUUUUUUAAAAAAGGUGCCGAUUUUGUAAUAUUUUUGGGGGAUGAUUUUUUUGUGCAAGUGUGGAGGAGCAGUAUAGUUCUAGCUUUUGGAGCUUCGCUGAUCUUUCUAUGUGCUAGCGUCAUCAUUGUAUACACUGUUAAACUAGUGCGGGCUUGUCAAUGCAUUCGUCGACGUGCACAAGAUAGAAAAUUCGGGGAGUUAAUACGGCUUUUGCAGCAGCAGACUUACAGAGAAGUGGAAAAUUUGAGGACCUAUUACAUGAACCAGCUCAAAACAUUGAGGGACAGCUGUCUAAACACUCUCGAAUACAUAAGUGUAGGGCAAAAUAUAUCUUCACCUAGCCCGGAAGAUUUCCCCACUCUCAAAACGAAUGAAUCAAAAUGCUACACCCAGCAACAAAAUGUGAUGGAAAGAUGGAGGGAACAGGUCAAAGAUCGUUGUGGAACCUACAUCAAAGGAGUCGGUUCUCUCAAAGAGACCUACUUGACUUCUCAGGUGCACAGGCUAAGGGAAUACACUUCUCUUCAGAUCGAAAAAAUGAUAGAGAGCUACAGCAACCAAGUCGAUAAAUUAAAUGGGUUCACGUACAUGCAAAUGGAAAAGUUGAGAGAGCAAUAUAAAAUCAAGGCCAAAAGCAUAGCUGAAAUGAUAGAAAUGAUGAAUUUAGACAACUGUCGACAUUCCUUCGAUCCACCUAACCCAACCUGUCAUGACAUUUAUCCCAAUUCCAAUGAUGAUUCAUACGAUACAACGCCACCCAACGACUCAAUGCCUUGUUGUAGCACUCAAGUUACAUUUUUACUGCCCGAGCCUAAAAUCAUGAAUCCCAAAACCCCAGCAGACCCUUUUUUCUACCAAUCCCGGCUUGUUAUUCGAGCCAUUUGGGACCGUGCUAUGCAAAUUCUGGAGGCUAUCGACAUAGACAGACUCAAGCUAUUCGAAUAUCCCGGUUCAGAACCGGGCGUUAUUGAGGCGAGUCUAUCAUUCACUCUCGACCAUAACAAUAUAAGAGAUCGCGAUAAAGCGAAUCACAUUUUCAUGACUCGAAAUAGUAUCUUUUAUAGCGAAGAUAAAAUCACAAAGCAGCUAAGUGACAAGGUAAGCGAAUCGGUUUCCGAUAAAAAUGGCAGCAUCAACUCUAGCCUUGACCGAAUAGCUUCUAAAAUAGUGUCUGUCGAGAUUAAUGGGGAUAAAAAUUUUGACAUGAAAGGGGAAUUUAUCAAUGGUAUUUCAAAGCAAAUUCUUUCGAAUAAUCAUAAGUCCCCAAUCGAGCUCAAGAAUAAUUCAUAUAGACAAAUUAAUCAAUUAAAUGGAAGUGAACCUCCAAAUACUUAUUCUAAUCUAACAUCGGGCGACGAAAAAUCUACCCCUGGUAUAAAAAAUUCUUUGGAAUCAGAAAUUAUACUUAAUAUCAACAAUGCGGAAUUUAACUGCAAAAACAUACCUUUCAAAAUCAACAAUACCCCUCGAGUGAGCACAAGUCUAUACAAAUAUAACGAUAAUCUCUACGGAUCUCAUCAAAACAAAAAACUGCGCAUAUCGCCAAUGGAAACCAAUUAUAACUACGAUAACCAACGCGUUAACACAAAUAGCACAGGUCACAAAAUAAAGUGCGAGUAUGCCCCACUCGCAAAAUUGGAGUCAGAUAGUGAUACUGAUUGAAAAAGAAACCAAACUUCAAUCAUUAUCUUAGCAUUUGAAGACUGUGCUGAUAAAUUAUAAAAUAAAAAUGGAAAUAAUGUGCGGAUUUAUUUAUUCCGGUUAAAAUAUUAAUUCAAUUUUUUUUUGAAUUUAAAAAGUAUUAAAAUUGAAAAUGAAUGCUUAAAUAUUCAAAAACACAAACCUGAUAAUCUAGUUAGAUUUGUGAUAAAAAAAUUUAUAUUUUAAUUAUAAAUUUAAAUUAAAUGAAUUAAAAUAAAAUAAUUUUAUAAUUAAAGAAUAUAUAUUAUGAUCGAUUGAUAAAGAUUAUAAUGUAAAGCACUACUAGAAUUUAAAUUAAGGGGAAAAAAUCAAAUAUCAAGAAAUACAUUUCCAAUCAAUAAAAAUAACUUUUAUAAAAAAUUUGUGAAACAUUUUUUUUAAGUUCUCGCGUUGCGUUUCAAUUUUUUUAUAAAAAAUGAAAAAAGUUUUGCUCAAUUAUUUUUAAUUCUGAAUUAUUAU